AUAAAAGCAGCCGGGGCGUGGCCCUUCUCUCAGUCAGCGCUGGAGCAUCGUGAGGAGCGGAUAGAGAACGUGAGGAGCAGUCUUCGUCAUGGCGUUGUCACCUAUUGAGAUUAACCCUGAGAUGCUGAAUAAAUUGUUGAAGAAAUUGGGUGUCUUGCCGAGCUUCAAGUUUGUGGAUGUCCUAGGGUUUGAGCAGGAUUACCUGAAGUCAUUUUCCCAUGAGGCCUGUGCGGUGCUGCUGCUCUUCCCACUCACUUCACAGCAUGCAGAAUUCAGGAAGAAGCAAGAUGAUGAACAGAAGGACAAGGAUCCUGAUGCCAAAGUAUAUUUCAUGAAACAGACCCUUGAAAACUCUUGUGGAAUAGUUGGGCUCAUUCAUGCUGCAGCUAGUAUUAAAGACAAACUGAGUUUUGAUGCAGAUUCUGCUUUGAAGGACUUCCUUGACAAAUCAGCAGCUGCCUCUCCUGAAGACCGGGCCAAACUCCUGGAGGAAAAUGAGGCCCUGCUGUCGGCACAUAACUCCAUUGCAGCUGAAGGACACUGCAGGCCUAAUGAAGAUGGAGUCCAUUUCCACUUCAUAGUGUUCACAGCAGUUAAUGGGCAUCUCUAUGAGCUUGAUGGGUUAACUGCAAAGCCUAUUGACCAUGGUUCUACUUCUGAAGGUGCUUUACUGGAGGAUUCUGGCAAGAUCUGCAAGCAGUUCACAGAGCGGGGACAAGGCGAUGUCCGUUUUUCAUCUGUGGCUCUUGUCAAGGCUGCAUAACAUGUUUCCAUUGUAGGUCACUGUAGUUUGGUUAUCACCGGUUACUGCCUUGUUUUACCUGUUAAGUGAGUUAGACCUAAUGCUCCAGCAAGCUAGGAUGAAAGUGCUUCUCAACACAUGCUUUUGGCUCUGUAGGUACUUCUUGCUGUGAUUUUGUGCUUUACAAAGUCUCACCACCUUGCAAACAUAGAGCACUUAGUGCAACACAAGUUGAAUUAAAAUGUUUGUUUUGGAGAACAAAAA